AUGGCAACCUCGAUUAUCAGUCGUGGCUCGGAAGGGCUAGAUGUUUUUGCUCGGCGCUCAACUCCCAAGAUUGAAAUCGAUCUGGAAGGACAGAAGCCUGGUCUGGUCACCUCUUACACAACCGGAGAUUACAUCGAAGGCAUUGCCAAGAUCACUGUUGACCAUGAGACGCGUUUCGAUGAAAUCGAAAUUGUCUUGCAAGGAACCUCGCACACUACAGUAGAACGAGCAGCAUGUCCCGGUCGUACAGGUUCACAGCAGAUGUUCCUCAAGCUUCGCCAACCGAUUGAAGAUACCGACUACCCUACCCCUCGAGUACUGGAAGCCGGUCGUACAUACUCAUUCCCCUUCACAUUCGUGGUCCCGGCGCGCUUGCUGCCCCAGGUUUGCAUGCACGCAAAGAAAAAUAACCACAUCCACCGCUCUCACACGAUGCUCCCACCGACAUUGGGAGAUUCCAUGGUGUCAGCAGAUGGUAAAACUCUCAUAGAUGACAUGGCACCGGAUAUGAGCCAAAUCGCAUAUAUCGUUCGUGUCACUGUGCUAAAGAGGUCGGGCCACCAUGAGAGUAAGACUUUAGCAAAUGUUGCCAAGAAGGUCCGCAUCAUCCCCACUGUGGAGGAGGAACCACCCCUCAACACGGUGGAUCACACCAACUAUUGCACCCGCAAGGAAAAGACCGUCAAGCGUGGAUUCUUGCGCGGAAAGCAGGGUCAGCUCGUCGCGGCUGCCUUACAACCAAAGCCGAUCUGUUUACUUCCUCCAAGCUGCGAGACACACGAUACAGUCAGCACAGUAGCAAAGGUGCAACUCCGAUUCGACCCAGUGGGCAAUGAGCAGCCACCACGGCUAGGUUCAAUGACCAGCAAGAUUAGGGCAAGUACAUACUAUAGCGCGAACCCUUGGGAAGAUUUCCCAUGUCAGUCAGGUGCAUUGGUGGCACAAGUUGGCCAAGGCCUAUACACCGACACCGUCUCCUUAUCAAGCAUGUGUGUAGCUUCAGCAAAAUGGGAGAAGCAUUCCUCAAGUGAGCGUCGCGACUCCGUCAACUCAGCCUCCUCGUCCUCCACGGACUCCUCGGUUGACUCAACCGGUCCCUCUGCUUCCUUUACUGGGGAUACGUACUACACCGCUUCCCUCGUCGUCCCUGUAUCACUUCCAAGCUCGAAGACCUUUGUGCCGACCUUCCACUCUUGUCUGAUGUCUCGCACCUACUCGCUUGAUUGCUCUUUAUCCUACCACACCCCGGGAGCCAACGUUCUGACCCCGACAAUUUCCCUCCGACUCCCUAUUCAAGUGAUCACUCAGCCCAAAUACACCGAAUCAACAAAGUCAGAAUUGGGCUUAGUUGUCACGCAAGAGGAAUUGGAUGAGUUCUUUCGCCCUCGAUCUAUGAACCUAGCCUCGAAUCUGGUUGUCGAUUUGGCAGCACCACCAGGGUAUGAGGCCAGGUCUCGACCAAGGCGAAGUGCGCAAGUUACACAGUAA